GCCCCUCGUUGGCACGGGGCUGAGCUGCCCUCGAACCACCACCCAACUUAUGGGGGGUCUCAGGGGCUCCGCUCCCGGGACUCGGCCGCUGUUCAAAGCAGGGACGGGGUCGGUGCCGGUGCUGAGCCCCCCCGGGGGUCCCCGUUAACCCGCUCCGGUUCCCCGACGGCCGGCGCUGUCGGAGCGGUUCAGCUCCGUUCCGGGAGGGGUCGCACUACAUCUCCCAGCGACCACUCGGUUUCUUUCGGUCCCGCCGUUUCCCUCCGCUUCCCGUCAUGGCGCCGUUCGAACCGGCUGCGUUACCGGAGCUUCUCCCGGUGUUCUACCGACGGCUCUUCCCACACGGCGCUUACGGCCGCUGGCUCGGCUACGGCGGCGUGGAGAAGAACUAUUUCCAGCUUCGGGAGUUCUCCUUCACGCUGCGGGACGACGUUUACGUGCGGUUCCAGUCGUUCUGCAGCCCGCAGGAGCUGGAGAAGGAGCUGCAAAGGACCAACCCCUAUAAGAUCGACAUCGGGGCCGUAUAUUCGCAUCGCCCCAACCAGCACAACACGGUGCACCUCGGGGCGUUCCAACCCGUGGAGAAGGAGCUGGUGUUUGAUAUCGAUAUGACCGACUAUGAUGAUGUCCGGACGUGCUGCAGCUCGGCUGAUAUCUGCUCCAAGUGUUGGACUCUGAUGACCAUCGCUGUCCGUGUGAUCGACCGUGCACUCGUGGAGGACCUGGGCAUGAAGCACCGGCUGUGGGUGUACUCAGGAAGGAGAGGUGUCCACUGCUGGGUCUGUGAUGACGCCGUACGUAAAUGGUCCCCAGCUCUGAGAGCUGCUGCUGUGGAGUAUCUGAGCCUGGUCAAGGGUGGAGCUGAGACGGUGAAGAAGGUGAAUCUGUCAGAGCCUGUGCAUCCAUUCAUCAGACGCUCAGUGAACGUGGUGGAGAAAUACUUCGAGGCGUAUGCACUGCAGGGCCAGGACAUCCUGGGCAGCCCCGAGCGCUGGGACAAAGUGCUUGCUCUGGUUCCAGACGAGCACCGGGAGCUGCUGCACACUGAGUUCCCCAAGAAACGUGACUCGGGGCAGCGCUGGGAGCUGCUCAAGGGCCGCAUGGAGAGGACGCGGCGGGCUGCGGGCAGCGGGAAGGGCACGGCGUGUUAUGCAGACUGGGAGAUCAUGCUGCAGUAUUGCUUCCCACGGCUCGACAUCAACGUCAGCAAAGGCAUCGGGCACCUCCUGAAGAGCCCCUUUAGUGUCCACCCCAAAACAGGUCGCAUCUCGGUGCCGCUGGACCUGCAGAGGUUGGAUGAGUUCGACCCAUUCUCAGUGCCCACCAUCAGCUCGCUGUGCCAGGAGCUGGAUGCAGCCGGUGAUGAUGCAGAGCAGGAGGAUGGAGAGGAGACGGAGCCGAAGAGGAGAGUGAGGGAUUACCGUCGGACCCAGCUGGCUCCCUACGUAAAAACCUUCGAGCAGUUCCUGGAGGAGAUGGAGCGUGAGCGUCGCGGGCAGCGGCUGCGGAGGAACGACCUGCAGGGACAGUUCUGACCACGGAGGGAGGAUCAACGACCCCCCCCCCCCCCCCCUAACUUCGUGUCCAAUUCUCACUUGUCUGGAUGCUUUUUUGUACUUUUUAUACCCGAAAUCUAUUAAAAUUGCUAUUCAGCUCCG